AUGUUCUCCCCGCGCGGGCAUACUUACGCCCUCGUCUUAGCCGCCGUCCUUACCUUUCUCCUGCUCUUCAGCCAACUCGAGACCAUACGAACUUAUGUCGGGCCGCUGUACCAGGGCGUCGAGUUUGCGCCGGACCGAGACGCGGCGCCGUCGCGCGUGGAGGACAAGAGCGUCGAAUUCGACGUGAGCGGGUUGCCUCGGAUUCUGCUUGUGUCUGCUUUCUUCCCACUGAAGAGAUCAAAACACACUCUCGCCGACUACGAAGGAUGGCUGUCUCGAUUCCUGGCCCAAGUCUCGAGCGACUUGUAUAUGUUUUGUCCGCCCGAUAUCGCACCUCUCAUCCGGAAACUACGCGGCGAUCUCCCAAUCUUGCUCAACACGACGUUCGAGUCUCCCUUCGACAUCCCCCCAUUGCGCGGCUUGGAAGACACAUAUCAGUCCAUGCACGACAUACUCGAUCCCGAGCGCUCCUACCACUCCGCCGAGCUAUAUGCUGUAUGGAAUGCCAAGCCAUACUUUCUCGACGAGGGCCUCGCUCGUGCACAAGAGUCCAACAGCGCUUACUACGACUAUGCGUUUUGGAAUGAUGCGGGGAGCAUGCGCGCAGAGCACACAUACGUUCACUGGCCGGGUCCCAACCGGACCGAGCGAUUUUUCCGUACUGCGGCUGCGCAAAGCGGCACUCCCAAAGACAAUAUCAUCUUCGUACCGUUCAACUGGCCACCAGACCAUACGCUCUGGAUGUGGAACGAGGACGACGGACCCACGAUGGCCGAGGUCUUUAGCGAAGGCUCAUUCUUCGGCGGUGCCGCACAAGCCAUUGCGAACUACGAGCGUAGCUUUUACGCAUAUCACGACACUUGGAUGCACGCUGGUCGUUUCAUCGGGAAGGACCAAACCCUCAUCAAUGCCCUCAUCUUUCUCUAUCCACAACACUUCUUCGGCGUGCUCGUCAAUGAUUACCCUGCCGCAUCCGGUGUUCCCCAGUCGAGUACCUCAUUCGGCGCAUGCGGUGAUAGCUGGUGGUACUAUCAGUGGUGGCUAGCCGACGACAAGGAACGCGAGCAGAUGGCUGACCUCUGGAUCACUCCCUCUGACGGCGCCUCCGCGCGUGACGUCGAUCUGGCUUAUUCGCGUCCCGCGGGCAGCGCGCGGUGUCGCGAUACCCACCUAUUCACUGCGCGUCAACUUCUAAGAAAAGCAUUAGGCCGCUUCUGGUGGCCCCCUCGCGCCUCCCUGGCAUGGGGUGUAGCAAGGACGCCGGGGCGAAAUAGUAGCUUACCCUCUAUUCCUUUGUCUGCACCUCCUCUACUGGAUGGCUCAGAGUCCACGUUAUAG